AAAGAAACUAGUAAGGUGAUUCCACAAGAGAACAGUCAGGCAGUUUUGAAAUCAGUCAAACAGAGUGAACAAAAAGCCAGACCGGAGCCCUCCCAGAGAGACACGUCUUGUCGGUGAAUGCUUGGGGCUGGAACAUGGCUGCAGCUGUCUGCACUGUGAACAGUUUCAUGGCCAUGGCCAUCAUCUGGACCAUGACAGCACAUGCUGAAACAGACAGGCCUCUUGGAGAGACGGCUAAGGAUGGAUUCCAAACAUGCAAAGACGCCUUGAAACUACCUGUCUUGGAGGUCUUACCAGGAGGGGGCUGGGAUAAUCUGAGGAAUAUAGACAUGGGCCGGGUGAUGGACUUGACGUACACCAACUGUAAGACCACAGAAGAUGGACAGUACAUCAUCCCUGAUGAAGUCUUUACCAUUGCCCAGAAAGAGAGCAAUCUGGAGAUGAACUCAGAAAUCCUGGAUUCCUGGGUGAAUUACCAGAGCACCACCUCAUUUUCCAUCAACACAGAACUCUCCCUUUUCUCCAAAGUCAACGGCAAGUUCUCUACUGAAUUCCAAAGGAUGAAGACCCUUCAAGUAAAGGACCAAGCUGUAACCACCAGGGUUCAGGUAAGAAACCUGGUCUAUACAGUCAAAAGCAGCCCAACUUCAGAGCUCAGUUUGGGGUUUACGAAGGCGCUUAUGGACAUCUGUGACCAGCUGGAGAAAAACCAGACAAAGAUGGCCAUGUACCUUGCAGAACUGUUAGUUCUCAACUAUGGCACACACGUAAUCACUAGUGUGGAUGCUGGGGCCGCACUGGUUCAGGAGGAUCACAUAAGGUCCUCCUUCCUCCUGGACAACCAGAACAGCCAGGACAGAGUGACUGCCUCUGCUGGGAUUGCCUUCUUAAACAUCGUGAACUUCAAACUUGAGGCGGACUACACCUCCCAGAACGCUUUGACCAAGUGCUAUCUUUCUAACAGAACCAACUCCAGGGUGCAGAGCAUGGGCGGGGUUCCAUUCUACCCAGGCAUCACUCUGGAAAUCUGGCAGAAGGGCAUCACUAACCACCUGGUGGCAGUAGACCGUGCUGGCUUGCCUCUGCAUUUCUUCAUCAAGCCCGACAAGCUGCCUGGCUUGCCAGGUCCCUUGGUGAAGAAGCUGUCGAAGACAGUGGAAACUGCUGUGAGACACUACUACACUUUUAACACCCACCCUGGCUGCACAAAUGUCGAUUCCCCCAACUACAAUUUUCAAGCCAAUGUGGAUGACGGCUCAUGUGAUGAGAAAGUAACCAACUUCACCUUUGGUGGAGUUUACCAGGAAUGCACUGAACUGUCAGGGGAUGUUCUUUGCCAAAACCUGGAGCAGAAGAAUCUGCUCACCGGUGAUUUCUCCUGUCCCUCUGGAUACACCCCUGUCCAUUUGCUGACUCAGACCCAUGAGGAGGGUUACAGUCGCCUGGAAUGUAAAAAGAAGUGCACCCUCAAAAUCUUCUGCAAAACAGUGUGCGAAGAUGUGUUCCGAGUGGCCAAGGCUGAAUUCAAGGCUUAUUGGUGUGCAGCCACUGGCCAAGUACCUGAAAACUCAGGACUUCUCUUUGGGGGAGUCUUCACUGACAAGAGCAUCAACCCCUUGACAAAUGCACAGUCAUGCCCAGCUGGCUAUAUUCCACUGAGACUGUUUGAGAACCUUAAGGUAUGUGUUUCUCUGGACUAUGAGUUGGGGUACAAGUUUUCAGUACCCUUUGGUGGGUUCUUUAGCUGUAUAAUGGGGAAUCCCUUGGUUAAUUCUAAUACAUCUAAAGAUAUAGGGGCACCAUCUCUGAAAAAGUGUCCUGGGGGCUUCAGCCAACACCUAGCCAUUAUCAGUGAUGGAUGCCAAGUGUCCUACUGCGUCAAGGCUGGAAUCUUUACAGGAGGGUCUCUGCUCCCUGUAAGGCUCCCACCUUACACCAGACCACCCCUCAUGAGCCAAGUUGCCACCAACACCGUCAUAGUGACCAGUAGUGAGACUGCCAGAUCCUGGAUUAAAGACCCCCAGACCAACCAGUGGAGGCUGGGAGACCCACUGGAGCUGCGUAGAGCCAUGACAGUCAUCCAUGGAGACAGCGGUGGUAUGCCAGGAGGAGAAGCUGCUGGAAUCACUUUGGCAGUCAUUGUGGCAUUAGGGGUAGUCAUUGCCUUGGCCGUCUACAGUACCCUCAAGUACAAGAAGAAGGAAUACCAGGCAAUUGAGGAGCAACAGAGUUUGGUUGGAAGUUUAGCAACAGAGGCAUCAGAUCCAAGUCCAGCUUAAUUGUCUCCAAAGCAGUCUGUGUCAUUUCCAGCCACAGCUUCAAGCACGUUUUUCUUGGUUUUCUCUGUUUCUGCCUUCCUGAGUACUGAAGUGAAAGUUCCAACGGAAAGCAGGUAUUACAGCUGUGGGACUUCUUGUUUAGGCCUCUGAACCAGGAAAUUAAAAGGGGUGUUUUAAGGAGGUGUGGGGGAAGGGGAUGAUUCAUUCAGAAAAAGCUGGACUGGGACCAAGGUGUGAAGGAGGCGUGUAUCCAUUCUCACAGAUGUCCUUACCGAAAUGCAUGUGUAUGAAAAGAGACUGGAUUUGGAGAUCAGGAAUUUAGUCUGAAUUCGAAAGGCUUUCCAGUUUGUGAGCUGAAGGGGUUUGUGCUUUAAGUACCUCAUUACUUCUAUUUUGUUGUUAAAGAAGCUCUCUGGGUUCCACAAACCAAGAAGCAGACAUGACCCUGAAAUGCCCCAGGAGGCCUACAUGGCCACUACUCUUCAGCUUUAAGGGCUCUGUGUUGAUUUACAGACUUUGCUCUCACAGAGUCAUCCCCAGGCAUGCAAGGGACUUACACAAAUUCCACUUUUCCCAACUUCCCCACAAUUAAGACUUAGUCUAGAUCAGUCUUGGGCUUCUGAACAGUGUUAACACGUCUUCAGAAAAUAUUUUAACUUGUAACUUUCUGCUGAGUGAAGGAUGAACAAACUGUAGGGAAGUAAGUAACACAUGAAGGAUAAAAACUGCGGUUCUGGAGACGAUGCCACCAUUCCAGAACUGAAUUUAGAUCUGUCCACUAACAGCAUUAUAAAUGAGGAACUGAAUGGAGCUGUACUUUGGGUAGACCAAGCAUUAUGGUUUCAUGUUUAUCUUUCAAAAACAUAACCCCUUCCUCUCUAUCCUUCAUUCUUCCUAUGUCUUUCUUCUUUCUGUCUUCUCAUCAUGGGUGUUGGUGUAGACACACAGACACUCCCUAUAUUCCAACAAGAAGCUUUUACUUUCCUAGGGGUAAAAAGCACAAAAAGUCAAAAUAAGCCCCCAUUUGAGAAUUACUUCCUCCCUAAAACUAAAACUAUAGAAAGCUCCAUCUUCUGUCCCUUUAGGCUUUGUUUUUUUAAUGCUAGAAAUAGGGCUGAUAUGUUUAAAAACAAAAUAAAAAACUUAUAUCAUUAGCUGGAAAAGGCAUCCAGAACCACCUGUGACAUCUCAGUUGCAGGAUGACUUCCUUGGGGCAUCUGGCAGGGUACAUGAUUGACAUCUGGCAAUAGUUGGGGUUUUAUUCAAUUUUAAUUCUGAUUUAUUUCUCACAACACAGAAAUCCCUCCACAGCUGCUUUAGAAAUUAUGUAUCUGUUCACCACAGCACAUCAUCAAUGGGCUAUUGUCUAUGAAAGAUAAUAUGUUCUCUCCUUAAUGUUUACAACCAAGGGCUUGUGCACACAGUAGGCCCUUCUCAAGAGCUCCAAGUUUCUGCCUGCUGGAAUGUGGGAAAAAUUCCUCAUUCAUUUCCAGCUGAGAUACAGAGAGGAGUGAAUAGCUGAAUUUGAACUCUGCCCUCCCUACUGCCCAGCCAAGGGGACUGAUUCCAUGACCUCUUCAACCAAACCUGCCUCUUUCAGUAUUAAAAUAUUUUCUGUGCUCUGUGGGUUCUGCCUCAGUUCUGUAUGUUUCAGGCAAGCUAACAACUUUUCUUAAAGUACCAACUUUUCUCUGUAAAUUCUUUUAAGGAUUAUUGAGUUUACAAAGCAAGACACAGCAGGAGACUCCUAGACCUUACUGCAUAGGCUUACUGCUGAAAACUUUUAAUAUUUGUUCCAUAAACAUGUAUUCUACUAACAAAAAUGUAUGCAUUAAAAUGUAUAUUCAGCAACA